UUUGCUUGAAAAGAAGAAGAGCCCAAUUUUUCUUUCUUUUAAGAGACUCAAAUCAAUUAAAGAAGCUAGAAUUCUAGCACGAACUAAAAAGAGAAAACAUAAGUAGAGGUAGAAGAAUGGCUGUUUUUCUAGCUACUAGUACUUCUACUGCCAAUAUAGCAGCUUCUUUUAUUGCAUCUUUACAGUCAAGCAAAAGCCAUCCUUUUAUAUAUCCAAGGAAGAACCUUACUCCAAGGAGAAUUACGAAGCUUACACGUUUAAACGUGGCAGCUCCUCCAUCAUCAUCAGCGGCAUCACCAACUUCAGAUCGAAAACUAGAAGAAGAGUAUAAAGUAGGUGAUGAGUUUGGUGAAGAGAGUUCAGAGGCUAAGUUUUCGUGGAAAGAUCAUUGGUACCCGGUUUCUUUGGUUGAAGAUUUGGACCCAACCUUACCAACCCCAUUUCAGCUUCUGGGUCUUGACUUAGUGCUUUGGUUUGAUAAAGGAAGGAACGAAUGGGUUGCUUUUGAUGAUAAAUGUCCCCAUAGGCUUGCUCCUUUAUCUGAAGGACGAAUAGAUGAAAAUGGGCACUUGCAAUGUUCGUAUCAUGGAUGGUCUUUUGAUGGAUGUGGAUCUUGCACUAGAAUUCCUCAGGCUGCCUCUCAAGGUCCUGAAGCUCGUGCAGUUCAGUCUCCAAGAGCAUGUGCUACUAGAUUUCCCACAAUGGUGUCUCAAGGCCUGCUUUUUGUAUGGCCUGAUGAGAAUGGUCAGGAAAGAGCAAGCGCAACAAAACCCCCAAUGUUGCCUGAUGACUUCGAAAAACCUGAGUUUGCAACUGUGAAUAUUCAGCGUGAUCUGUUCUAUGGCUAUGAUACCCUCAUGGAGAAUGUCUCUGAUCCUUCCCACAUUGAUUUUGCUCAUCACAAGGUUACAGGGAGGAGAGACAGAGCCAAACCUUUGCCGUUUAAGGUGGAGUCUAGUGGCCCCUGGGGCUUUGGUGGAUCAAAUGAGGGUAAUCCAAAGAUCAGUGCUAAGUUUGUUGCACCAUGUUAUGCUAUGAAUAAAAUAGAGAUAGACACAAAGCUUCCAAUAGUUGGUGAGCAGAAAUGGAAGAUAUGGAUAUGUUCAUUCAAUGUACCAAUGGCUCCAGGGAAGACACGAUCAAUUGUUUGUAGUGCUCGGAACUUCUUCCAGUUUACAGUACCAGGAUCUGCCUGGUGGCAGGUGGUUCCUAGAUGGUUUGAACAUUGGACUUCAAACAAGGUCUAUGAUGGAGACAUGAUUGUCCUUCAAGGACAAGAGAAGAUCUUUCUCUCAAAGUCAAUGGAGAGUUCAGAAGAUAUAAAUAAGCAGUACUCAAAGCUCACAUUUACACCCGCACAAGCCGACCGCCUCGUCCUGGCAUUCCGAAAUUGGCUGAGACGUCACGGCAACAGUCAACCUGAAUGGCUCAGCUCCAGCCCCCAGCAACCUCUCCCAUCAACAGUAUUAUCAAAACGCCAGAUGUUGGAUAGAUUUGAACAGCACACUCUCAAGUGUUCAUCAUGUAAACAAGCUUACACAUCAUUUCGAACAUGGCAAAAGAUCCUAAUUGGCGCAACUGUUGCAUUUUGCGCGGCAGCCGGCAUUCCUUCCGACAUCCAGUUCCGGAUCGUUUUAGCUGUGCUUGCACUGGUUUCUGCUGGCUUGGCAUACGCAUUGCAUGAACUACAAAAGAACUUCGUUUUUGUUGAUUAUGUACAUGCUGAAAUUGAUUAAAACACGUUCGGACCUUCAGAUUGUAUUUUGCAGUGUAAGCUGAACGUUAAAAUACUGAGACUUUUAGUGUAUAUAGAAAGAAAUUUAGAGUAA